GCAUAAUCGGGUUUGAACUGGUUGUUUGAAUAAUAAAAAGUAAGAAAAACUGUUCCCUCAUCCAACAAUUUUGCCACCCCAGAAGUCGCUACUAUGAUUUACGUUUUCUCUGUUUUACAUGGUUGAUUGACUCAACGGCCAUACCGGCCAAUCACAAGCGAGCUUUCUUCCCGCUGAAAUUCUAUUUCAUCCCUGAGAUGCCUUUAGUUAAGAUAGUAAGGUCAGCAGACCUGCCGCACAUUUUCUCCGAAAUGGAAAACGUCAACUUACACGAACUAAAAAGAAGUGCUCUGCAAAAACUUGCCAAACAGUAUGGAGUAAAGGCCAAUAUAAAGAACCAGAAAAUCAUUGAACAAUUAACUGCCAUCUUCAGCAGUGGGAAAGAAAAUUUAUCUCCAAUUAAUCGAUCAAAUGGAGAAAUACAAUCCGAUACAACAGAUGACUCUAUGUCUGAUCAAAUGAGUUUCAGAACACCUGAAAAUAAAAGCGAGAACGAUAUAUCAGGUUGUCAGUUGCUGGAUUCAAUAAAACCCAUAUGGGAUGAUCUUAGUGAUGAGAAUAUGGAUUCAUCUGUGGAAGAAGAGAAAAAAGAAAAUACCACUCCUAUUUCUACAGAAGUGCAAGAAAACAAAAAUCAUGUUACCCCUAAAGUUUCAAAUGUGGAACAUCACAAAAUACAGACAAAGACAUUCAGUAUUCCCAAAAAUCGUCAAAAAUCACGACUUAAAUCCGAGGAUAAAACCUCACCUGCUGUUGUUGAAAGGAGAUCUAGUUUAAGAUCAAAUAAAUCAUCAUCAACAACUAAGAAAGAAAAAACAGUUACAAUUCAAUCAGUUUCCAUGACUCAAAAAGUAACAUCAGUGGGAAAGACAGCUUCAAGUAUUCCAAAGUUUGCUGUAGCCGGACUCACAGUAACUAAUUCAUCCAAAAAGUGGUCCAAAGUCCAUGAAAAGAGAUUCGAUCAGAUGGAGUCGAUUGAUGAUUAUCAGAGGAGGAAGAAGGAAAGAGCUGAUAGGUUGUUGGGAACUGGGGAUAAGAAGCGGACCCUUGAAAGAUUGGCUCAACCAAAGUUGAAAACUCCUGUUUCAAAACGCAAGCAAACUCUUUUUUCACCUGCCAAUGUAAGCAAACCAAAGAGAGCAACCAGAACUGCUGUCCACAUCGUUAAACCUUCAACAUUUAAACCAUCAUCAGUUUCAAUCAAUCAGAUAAACACAAACUUUUCUAAAACUUCUCGUCUUGUUACUCCCAAAAAAGUGAAUGUUACUUUUGGGAAAACACCCAAAAGUUCCAGGAAAGUUAGUAAAGAUACCACACUGAAGACACCAACCAGUAAACCUUCAUUAACCCCGAUGCGAAAAUCUUGUGCAACACCACAGUCUGCCAGGAAAAGUGGUUUCAACUUGGUUGAAAGUUUAAAGAAACCUUUAACAUGGAAGCCACACAAAGGACCUUUGAAGAAGUUUAGCGACUCAACUACCAAACCAACAUUCGAAACAAGAGUAAAAAAUCAUAAACAAGUUAAAGUUACCACAAGAGAAAGCAGGAGGGAUGCAGUCAGGUCUGGUCGCAAAUCCGCCAAAGAUGCUGCUCUUAUGAAGAGAAGAGGAAUAAAAUGUUGAUCAGUCUUCAUAAUCAAUCAUCUGGUUUUAUCAACAUUGGUCUUCUUGUACUAGCACCUUGUGCUAUUAAUUGAUAACUAAUUGUUCAAUGUCGAUUCUUUGCUGCUGUUGCGGCCAGGCAUAAUAUAAUAUAGAAACUGCUCAUUGGCCGAAAUUUAAUGUUUAUUGGUAUCAAUGUUUUGUCUGGUACGCUAUAUGGAUACAUGACAAGACUCAUGGCCCACCAUCUCUAGUGGGCUGUGAAAGACUAUCAGUGUAUGGCAUGUCUUUGCUGUAUGGCAGAUAAAAUGUUUGUGUCAUUAAACUUGAUAUUACUUUUUCGCCAAAAGAGUUGUUCUUAUAUUGUUAGUCGUUGACAUUUAGUUUACGUAUCAUACAGCCAUCAAUGCUUAAAGUUAAUAGUAUGAUCAGUUUUUGCAUGUUUAAAAACUGAAUAAUUUUGGCCAUUACACCAAACAAAGAGUACAGAGAAUGUUGUUUCAUUAUUCUUAACCUGGACAUUGGUCUUUUUAUUCAGCGUUUUAAUGUUUUAUUCAAUUUUUCUUUUUUUAUUGGUCUCUGCUUUCAGUGCUUGUUUAAAUGUACAUAAACACCAAAUGUAAAUAAAACCAGGGCACCUGUUUUAAAUAAGG